CUGGGGAAGGCUCGGUUCUGUUUUGGUUAAUAAGCAGACGAAGGGAAGGCCCUUCCAGGUGACCUACUUUACAGAGAAGCGGGAGGGGGGUUAAUCAUUCUGCCAGCGCGCGCCGGGAACUGGCGCAUUUAAAUGCACAGCGUCGCGUUAGCGGAGCGCCUUUCACUUUUUAGCUCGCUCGCUCUGGGGUGGACUCCGGUUCCCGCGGAACAUGGCCAAGCUGGUGGAAUGCGUUCCCAACUUCUCAGAGGGACGGAAAAAAGAGGUGAUAGAUGCCAUCGCUGACGCCGUCUCUAGGACAGACGGGUGUAAUCUGCUGGAUGUGGAUCCCGGGGCGUCCACUAACCGCACCGUCUACACCUUUGUGGGCUCGCCGCAGGCCGUAGUGGAGGGAGCGCUUAGCGCUGCCCGCACCGCUUUCAACCUCAUCGACAUGACCACACAUUCAGGAGAGCACCCACGGAUGGGUGCCCUGGAUGUGUGCCCCUUUAUCCCCGUCCAGAAUGUCACCAUGGAGGAGUGUGUGACCUGCGCCAACCUCUUCGCUGAGCGGCUGUCUGACAUUCUGAAUGUGCCCGUGUAUCUGUACGGCGAGGCCGCUCGAACGGAGAAGAGGAGGUCGCUGCCCUCCGUGCGAGAGGGAGAGUACGAAGCUCUGGCAGAGAAGCUGAAAAAGCCGGAAUGGGCCCCCGAUUACGGCCCCCCCGUGUUCGUGCCCUCCUGGGGGGCCACAGCGGCUGGUGCGCGGAAGUUCCUGAUCGCGUACAACAUCAACCUCCUGAGCACCAAGGAGCUGGCCCACCGGAUCGCCCUGGACAUACGAGAGCAGGGCAGGGGCAAGAACCAGCCAGGACUCCUAAAGAAGGUGCAGGGGAUGGGCUGGUACCUGGAGGAGGCGAAUCUGGCCCAGGUCUCCACCAACAUUCUGGACUUUGAGCUGACGCCCGUCCACACGGUCUUCGAGGAGGUCUGCAAAGAUGCCAAGGACCUGAACCUGCCUGUGGUGGGGUCCCAAAUUGUGGGCCUGGUCCCACUGAAAGCCAUGCUGGACUGCGCAGAUUUCUACAUACAGAGGGACCAGCUGUUUGUGCUGGAAGAGGAGCACAAAGUGCGGCUGGUGAUCAGCAAGUUGGGAUUAGAUUCUCUGGGACCAUUCAUUCCUAAGGAGAGAAUAAUCGAGUAUAUGGUCUCAGACAGUUCAAAAGAGGACCGGCAGCUGGUCUCCUUAUCAGUACAGCAGUUUGUCCGUAGCGUGGGGGCCAGAACACCUGCACCAGGCGGUGGAUCAGUCUCUGCAUUGGUCGCUGCAUUGGGGGCAGCGCUGGGGUGUAUGGUGGGACAGAUGACCUAUGGGAAGAAGCAGUUUGAGAGCCUGGACAGCGUCAUGAGGAGGCUCAUCCCACCCUUCCACCAGGCCAUCAACGAGCUGCUGCAGAUGGUGGACGCCGACUCCAGGGCCUUCAACGGCUACAUGGCCGCCCUCAAAAUGCCAAAAAACACAACGGACGAGAUACAGAGGAGGGAGGCAGCCAUGCAGGACGGUCUGAUGGAAGCAGUGGGUGUGCCCCUGUCCCUCGCCGAGAGAGUCAACCUGCUGUGGCCUUGUGUGAAGGAGAUGGUGCUCUACGGAAACAUUGCCUGCAAGUCUGACGUCCAGGUAGCAGCUAAGGCUUUGGAAACGGCAGUGUUCGGUGCUUACUACAAUGUUCUGAUCAACCUGAAAGACAUCACAGACGAAUCUUUCAAGACAACUACUCGACAGAGGGCCUCUGAUCUGCUGCAGGAGGCCAGAGAGAGUGCAGCAGCAGUGCUGGAGGCUGCUGAGAAGAGAGAGUGAAGCCUGGGGGAAGCGGUACCCACAGUCCAGGCUUCACAAGGGGCCUAAAGAAACAAAAUAAACAUCUGUCAUGCCAGCA